GAGGGACCGGUCGAUGCCGCCAGUGACUCGAGGGAGGAGGCGCUAAGAUGGCGCUGGGCACCAAACACUGGCGCCUGGUGCGGCUGGCUCUCGGCGCCCUGUCCCGGGCUGGAAGAGGGCAGCGCUGUCCCAGGUUUCCCCCUCCAUCGCCCGCCCUGAUGCCGGCCCCCUGUGCUCGGCGCUACAGCUCCGAGCGGGAGCCGCGGCCGUCGAGCAAGAAGGUGGUGGUGGUCGGUAUCCCCAACCCCUUCACCUGGGCCCGCACUAAGAUGUAUUUCUUCUUGAUCAGAGCUUAUUUCGACCAGGACUUCACCUUCGACGAGUUUGCUGCCGGUGCUAAACAAGCCUUUGUACAUGUGUCAAACAUGCUAUCACAGUGUAACUUCGUUGAAUUGAAGGAUCUUGUUUCUAAAGAGGCAUUGGAAGAGCUGGAAGAAAAAUGCUCAGCAAUGCCAGCUAAUCGCAGGCAGGCCAUAGCUGCUGAUCUGGAAGAAAUUAUGUAUAGCACACCAGGCGAUGUUGGAAUUUAUUAUGAUAACCAAGGUAGAAAAUUUGUCAGUAUCAUAAUGCGUUACUGGUACCUGACUGAUGUUGACCUUCCUGAUGAGACACCCGAGGGAACUAAAGUAUUUCAAGUAGUAUUUGGUGAUGAAAGCAACAAAGACAGCAAACGCCUUCUCACGGCAAAUUAUGAAUUUCGACGAGAAUUUACACCAGGUGUAGAACCUGACUGGACCAUUACAAGGAUACAGCAUUUUAAACUAUUGGAAUAAUUCUCCUGGAAAUCUUAUUGCAAUAACUUGUGUAAGAUCCUAUUUCGACCGAUGCAGGUUUUCAACAGGAACCACUGGAUGGUAAUCUGAUGGAAGCCAUGUGGUUUUUCUAGCAAAUGAAAAAUCAGUUAUAGCAGGCAAGUGUCAGCAGCUGAAUCGGCAGCAUUCACACUAUCUGGAGGUUGCUGGAGUGCACUGCUGUUUUCACAGUAUUCUGUGUACUUACCAGCUGCAUAAUUGAAGAACGUGUUUUCUUGAUACUUUUAAUUAAUGUCAGAUGUUCUGGCGGUUACAAUUGUGCCAGGCUGUCCACGGGUACUAGUUUAAAUGUAACACAAGGACUUGUUUGUGAUAUGCAGUGCAAACCCGCUAAAGUGCAUUUAAAUCGAUAUAUUUCCUGAUAAAUGUUGGCACGUAGUGUGCAGGAUAUAGACAUGCUGAAAUGUUUUGAAUUAGUAUUACGUUUGGCAUUGAUAUUCUACAGUCAGAAGAAGUAGGCUGAUCUGACUAAUUUUUUAAUUGCGUUCUUCCAGAAUCAUUUAAUUGAUUCUUAAAUGAGUUCAGCAUCAUGCCCUUGGCAUCGCAAUCUAGGUGUUGAUCAUUCUCCAUGAAAAAUGCUUCCUAAAUAUGUCAUUUACCAUAAUUGGCAGCCCAUUUACUUCCUUGUGAAAUCAGUCAACUUGUAAUAACUACAUGGCCACCAAUUCAUAUUUAUUGGCUCGAAUGUUCAAUUCCUGGUGAGUGUGGCAGCACUAAACAUUAACAGGAGCUGAAUUACUUUUCUGCAAAAGUUGGGAAGAAUUAACAUCUCCAGGCUCACAUUUUUCUGUUCUCUUUUAAGGAAGAAAAUAUGCAUUGAAUUUCUAUGCACUGCUCUGUUGUAUAAACUAAACUUGAAUUAAAAGUGUGCCAAACUGGUACUCCAAAAUA